UCCGUGCGGAUAUGGCGUAACCACGAACUGUACUGCGUGUGGCGCCCAGUUCUACUAGUCUUUUUACCAUCGAUAGCUUUUUACACAUCCGCACAUACAGACUUCGGCGCACACGUUCACUAGCGCUUUCCGGCGUUAAGAACUUUUUCUCAUGCAAGACUGUUUUCACAACACGUCUGUGUUAAUACAUCCAAUUUAUUGAGUUCACCGGAGUCGAGACCCAGUUCACUGCAUGCGCAUAUGCUGAGGCUGCAGUACGUACUAUGCAUAGCUGUCUAACCGCGAUCACGAGCUCAGCUGGGGCUCAAAUUUGUUAUUAAGGACAAGAAAAAUACAUAAGCUGUGCGACAUUGAUUAUCCAGACGUCCCAAUUAGUGCCAUCAUUUCUGGAGCAUAUGGAAUUUUUCCCGGAUUUUCUUUACCCCAUCCCGUUAUGAAAUUAUCCCGUGGCUGAAUGCAGUGGCCCAGGCAGUGUGUGGCUGACACUCAUUUCAUCCACUUCUCCCCUGCGUUGUCCGUGUUGACUAUCCGUGCGCAGCAACAUGGACGGACCAACUUCCAUUAUUACCCAGGUCCAUCGUGAUGGGCAGGGUACUCCCAUUGAUGUUACUGGUGUUACUCUCGUCCCGGCGCAUAACAUCAAGUCGAAGAGGAAUAACAGCCGGCUUCUGCGAACGUUAUGGUGCUGUAUAAGGGCCACGCGUGGGCCCCACGGCAACCUUUAUAAACCGGAGCCGAACAGUCCGGCUGUUCGUGAUAAAGUUGUCAGCCUCCUGCCUCCGAUUCGACAAUCGGAUGUCAAUAGGAAAUGCAUUGUGAUUGAUCUGGACGAGACGCUCGUUCACAGCUCCUUUAAGCCUAUUCCCAAUGCUGAUUUUAUUGUGCCGGUGGAAAUCGAUGGGAUUGUGCACCAAGUAUUCGUGUCUAAACGGCCACAUGUGGAUGAAUUCUUGCAGAAAGUCGGCCAGUUAUACGAAUGUAUACUAUUUACUGCCAGUCUGGCGAAGUACGCGGAUCCAGUUGCCGACUUGCUGGACCGGUGGGGAGUCUUUCGUGCCAGAUUAUUCCGCGAGUCAUGUGUUUUCUACCGAGGGAAUUACGUUAAGGACCUCAGCCGGUUAGGGCGUGAACUGCACAACAUUGUUAUUGUUGAUAAUUCUCCUGCUUCGUACAUAUUCCAUCCGGAAAAUGCGGUCCCCGUCGUGUCGUGGUUCGAUGAUCCUAACGAUCGGGAGCUGCUGGAUCUGAUACCGUUUCUAGAGAACUUAAGCAGGGCCAUGGACGUAUGCCAGGCACUGCGGCAGUUCCAUGUCGGACCGACCAGUGUCUCCUUCGUCAACUAUCACGAUCCGCGUCAGAUCUCCACAUCGACGGCCUUAAAUUAUCAUGGAUCAUGAUAACGAAGUGGGAGGGAUCGGGCGAUAUGCGGUCGGAUUGCUACUCAAUCUGUCAAGUGCCAAGUAUGUCGUCAUAUUGUUGCGUCCUUGGAUUAUCGGGGGAACGGGAGUGAUCGCUUCAUUCUCGGUGUAUUAGCCAAAAAUGCAGCCAUCCGGUGGGGGAUAUGGUUGUGGAUGUGUGCGUGUGUCAGUUUUGUUGAAUAUUACCGAUAUGUGCCUGACGCGGAGCAGAAAAGAGAGGAGAUUUUAUAUUUGGGGGAUAAAUUUGUAUUUGUGUUGCUUGUAUAGAAAAUCAGAAUACGGGGUUUUAUGAUAACUACGAAUUGGUGCACGAUUGUUGCUUGCUGUUAUUUGGUGACCAAAAUGUUAGUCGGAAAGAAAGUGAGAAGGAGAGAUUUUUUGCUCUUGUAGAUUUUUUUGGAAUUUCAUGUUAAAAUUUUAAUGCUUUUUUGGGGUUUGAGUGUUUCGGGUGGGCAUUAGAUGGCGUAUGUUUAGGUGAAUGUUUUGUUAUUUUGGCGAUUUUUACGUUUUUUCUUUCUCCCUUCUUGUCCCACUGUAGUCUGCUCCGACGGUUGAUGAAAUGGCUCAAAUUUGGAUUGAAUCAGUAAUUAUUAUUUUAUUUUCUUUAUGCUUAAGAACAUUAGUCAAGUGCCAGUUGUGACAACUCUUGAUACCUAGUAGGAAAAUAGAUUAUUCCAUUACUGCGUUUACUGAAUUUAUUAAUUUUAUUUCCUUUCUUAUCUUUUUGCUUUGUUGUCAUUGUAAUAAAUGUUGCUUUGUGCCGAA